UACAUAGCGGCGGGGCAGGGAGGAGGAGGAGGAGAAAAAAUGGCGGACGAGAAAGGAGGCGAUGUGAAGCUGAAGCGGCCGCGGCUUGACGGAGGACCUGAAGAAGAGGCAGAAAAACCUGUGAAAACUAAGACUGUUUCUUCCAGUAAUGGAGGGGAAAGUUCGAGUCGUAGUGUGGAAAAACGUGCAGCUGAUGAAGAUGCUGAAGACUUCUCAACAAAGCCUGCUCCUGCCAAAAUGUCCAAGUUUGGGUUUGCCAUUGGCUCACAGCUUUCAAAGAAACCACCUGCAAUAUCCAUCAAACUUGGAGCAAAUAAACCUAAAGAACCUGCUCCAACUUUAGCUCCAAAAACACUCUCUGUAGCAGCAGUAUUCAAUGAAGAUGAAGAUAGUGAACCUGAAGAGAUGCCUCCAGAAGCUAAAAUGCGUAUGAAGAACAUUGGAAGGGAUACUCCAACUUCAGCAGGACCAAAUUCUUUCAACAAAGGAAAACACGGGUUUUCUGAUAACCAGAAAUUAUGGGAACGUAAUAUGAAAUCUCACCUUGGAAAUGUUCGUGAACAGGAUGACUAGUUGUCUAUUUUGAUCUGGGUGUUGGGAAAUGGGAGAGUACAAUAUUAAAGGAAUAGUGCCCUUUUUUAGAAUGGUAUACAGCUAUUUUGGGUGCCACUUUUAAAAGUUUGUAGUGGUACAAAAAUGAGUUUAAAAGUAGAGGUAACUUAUGUUUUGUAUACAAAUUUCAAACCAAUUGCUAAUUUUGUAGCUUCAUGCAUUUAAUUUCACAAAGUUAUGGAAAAUAAAGGCAUUGGAAGUGG